AUGGCUGACCAUUCCACCCCGAGCCGACAUGAGAAAAGCUUGGGACUCCUUACAACUAAGUUUGUUUCAUUACUGCAAGAGGCCAAAGACGGAGUUCUAGAUCUGAAAGUAGCUGCUGACACUCUUGCUGUGCGACAGAAGAGAAGAAUCUACGACAUAACUAAUGUUUUGGAGGGAAUUGGUUUGAUAGAGAAAAAGUCUAAAAACAGUAUACAGUGGAAAGGAUCAUGUCCUGGCUACCCAACAGUAGAUGGUAUUCCAAGUACUCCAGAGAGAGGGUCACGGGAAAUUGCAGACAGACUAGUGAUUCUGAAAGAUGAAAUCGCUGAACUAGAACAACAAGAGGCAGAACUAGAUCAACACAAGAUAUGGGUUCAGCAGAGUAUAAAGAAUGUCACAGAUGAAGUCACCAAUACAAAAUUAGCUUAUGUAACACAUGAAGACAUAUGCAAGUGUUUUAAAGGUGAUACAUUGCUAGCUAUCCAAGCCCCUUCAGGAACACAGCUGGAAGUUCCCAUACCAGAAAUUGGUCCUGGUUUUAAGAAAAAUUAUCAAAUACAUUUGAAAAGCCAGUCCGGACCAAUCCAUGUACUACUUGUCAACAAAGACACAGAUAACACAAGUCCUGUUGUGGUUCAAGUACCUCCACCAAAGGAAGACCCAGUGGCGAACCAGGUUGCCGUUGCUCAAAACCAAAAUGUAGACCCAAACCAGACAUCAGUGUCUGGCAAGGGAAAAUCAUUGCAAAAGCGUUCCCCUGUAAAGUCUCCCCUACGACAGUCACAACCAGUAGUAGAUGUUACUGCACCAACUACACGAAUGGCAACUAGAUCAUCACCACGCAAAUCUGGCCUUGGACAACCUAUAGCUUCCACAUCUGCUGCAACACAACAAGCUCCAUCAAUGGACACGCCCCCUAGUGAUGUCCUCCUCGACCCUUACCGCUCAGACCUUGGUAAACAUACCUUUGGUGACAUGGAAGGUGAUUUGAUAGAAGAGUUGAUGUCCUCUGAAGCAUUUGCACCACUGUUAAGGUUAAGCCCACCCCCUAGUGAUCGAGAUUACUACUUCAACCUUGAUGACAGUGAGGGAGCAUGUGACCUUUUUGAUGUUCCUUUGUUAACAAUGUGAUAGAGCUUGAGCUACAUCUACCUCAUGGUGCCUUUAUUGUUCAAGAGACACUGGAUUGUACUGGAAAUCAAUUCUAGACACAAAUAGCUCUGUGUUUCUGCAACACAGAAGGCAGCUUGUUUUGGUCAAACCAGUCUCAUGUGAAUAGUUCUUUACAUGAAAGGCACAUGUAGACCCUAUAUAAUAUAGGAACUCUUGCCUUGUACUGAUAUUCGUAACACAAGGCUUGAACAGUGAGGUAUGAACCUCCAUGUUACAGACACAAUAGUGCUAGAAGUUGUUACACUGCCACUGAAGCCAUUUCAACUCAGUAACUGCCAGUAAUAUUCAUCAUCAUUGUGUUCAUCGCUCACCGGAGUGCUUACAUUAACAACGAAUCUCUAGCAGUCAUUGCUUGUUUAAGAUUUAGUGGUCAAGCUGGAAUGUUCGACUUUAUGAAAGGAGCACCAUAUUCAUUUUAGUCUGUCUUUAAUGGUAUGCUUAAUUAUUUAACUUACAAGUUAAUUUGAUAGAAAAGGAAUCAUGUUUGAUGUUUUCAAAUAUGGCCUAGAAUAAUGUACUCCACAGCAUCUUCACAUUUUUAUGACCUUGAGAUUGACCUUGACAUGAUUAACUGUCAUGUAUGCGCAGCUAUGUUUUGGAAUAUCACAGGCAACUUUAAAACAGUAUUUAUAAUCAAAACAUUUGAAAUAAUACCUUGCCAUCUUGAUUGACAUUCUGAGGUAAAUCAUACUAUUUAUCAACCAAAGAAAUCAAUACAGCUCUGAAGAGAAUUUCACCUUCUGGAUGUUGAAAUCACUAGUUUGGUUUCAUAUGACAAUUUAGCAGACAGAUAGAACUUGGUCAAUAUUUUCUAUGAUGAGGGUUUGUAGAAGAGCCUCUUUAAUCUAGAGAAUUCUCUGCCAUCUUGUUUUCAAUACAAUAUGAACAAUUUUUUUAGACAUUUAGGUUGUUGAAAAAUGCUUUUAAAAUACCUACAGUAGAAUGACUGGUAGCAAGUUACCUUCUUGGACUUAUAUUAACAUCUUCAAGUGCUUGUCUUUGAGGUCAUAGCCAAGUGCAUAAAAGCACAGGAUUAUAUCAGAUCAGAGACUUUCCUAUAUGUUUGAGAAAUAAUCAAAUUCCAUGGAAAGUAUACCUACAAAAUAGGGCAGAAAACAGAAAAAUGAUACCUGCUUGUAUACAUGCUGGAUUGUAAGUAUCAUGUGUUAAGUUUGUGUUAAAAUUUUAUGUAUGUGUAAAUGGCAUCAUGCAGAAUGGUUUGUGCAGGCAUUGCAAUAAUUUUUUCGGUUAGUGCGUGAAGAUCUGAGAUAUGUGGUACAGUGCUCCAUGCUGUUUGUGUUUCUCCGGAAGUUGAGAAACAGGCCUGUCUUUACCGACAUUGUUGUUGUCUUGGACAAGAAAAUUUCCAAAAGUUAUUCUGAACAGCAUACAAUGGGCAUGCCGUGUGUUGUUCAGGGAGGUAACUGACAAACAGUCACUGCAUAGAGAACUUACCUCAAAAUUACGUUCACAGGGUGACAAAACAAACUUCAAGGCAGGAUAAUCAACCAUAUACCACAUCAAGCUAAUGAUGGUAAUGCCAUGUAAAAUUUGGCAAUACAUCUAUGCCUCAAAGUAAGCCCAUCCAGUUUUUUCUUAGACUUACAAACAAAAAAUAUUUCAUUGUCUUAACCCACUCACUGUAAUAGUCAAUAUGUUGGCAGCCAUGGAUCUUUGCAGAAAAAAUAUGGCAGUCCGAAAUGAUAAUGAUGCAAACAAGCUGUGGAAAUUGUAGACUUUAUACCAGUGUGUAUGCUGUGGAAGGAUUUAGUGAAAGUUUGUGAUAACUAGCAUGAAUCAUUAGGGGAAAUUGGACAACAGUUUCAAUAUUUUUACUUAAAAGAGAUUUAGCAUUGAUCAAAUCUCAACUGCAUUGUGAUCUUGUAUUUAGAUAAAUGUCUCAUUGUGAACGGGCUUUUAGGUGAAAGGGAGUUUUUAAGAAUGGCACAUAUUUAUAUGAAACUUUGUUUAGAAAAUUUGCUUUGUAAAACUGCUUCCAAAGGGAUAUAUCUCCAUUACAUAUGUAGAUGGGAGAAAAGUCUGAAUACUGUAACCCACUUGUUUGUGAUGAAUACUUAUUUUCAGUGUGAUGAUUCGAAGUUGUUGAUUUGUCGAGGAUUAGCAAUCAAGAAAGAAAUCAGAAAUUUAUUGAAAAUUGGAAUUGUGAAAAUGAAUAUUUGUUUGAAAUGGUCUAAUUUAGGGUCCAUUCAUGACAAAAACAGAAGCCUAUGAUGUUCUGUAUGAACUAUUAAACUGUGAUAUUUUUUCUUUAAAUGCUCUGUCCUUCAAGUAUGUAUUCUGUCGGAUUUUCAUUUUCUUUUCAUUGUUCUUGUAUUAAAUUUAUCAUGAUACCCCCAUAAUAUAGUGUGAUUUUUUAAGCUAUUUAAUUUUCAUUUGUGUAAAUUGAAAAAAAAAGUUAAGCUUAAAUUUUAAGAAU